AUGAUGAAAACAAUUAUUCAGACGAUUUUGAUUGUCCUGAAUAAGACAGUCAAAAGGGCAUCAGAUAUUGGUCAUGGAAUUAUAUUUAUUGUUGUUAUGAUCGUCUAUAUUGCAUUUAUUUUUAAGUUUAGGCCUUAUAAUUAUGCAAGAUUCAGCUUGUGGCAAGGCAUAAGCUUGAUAGGAGUCGUGUGGUUGGCGUUGCUUUCAACGAUUGGACUGGGUUUUCAAAGUAGCAAUUUUUUGACUCCUUUGCUGCUUAUUUUAAUUUCUGGGUGGAUUUUGAUGGUAUCUUUUGGGAUUUAUGUGCAGCACAAAAAGUGCCCAAGCAUGCUUUAUAGAGCAAAAGCGAGAGAUACCAAUACUCUAUUUAAAUUUGCUUUUACGUUUGGGAAGGUAUCAAAGAAGAGGCUUGAACAGUUUAAAAAGGGAUCAAAGACUGUUUCAAAUUAA